AUGGGCAAGAAGAGCGGCCGCAGCAACAACGGCGGGGACGCCGCCGACGCGCCCAAGGCGACGGCGUUCGUGCUGAAGGUGCCGAUGCACUGCCGCUGCGACGGGUGCGGCGACAAGAUCCGCGCCGCGGUCAAGGACCUGACGGUCCGGUGCGACGGCAUCGUGUCGCUGGACAAGUCGGCGCUGGGCACCAAGGGCGAGCUGUCGGUCAUCGCCACGGCGGACCCGGAGAGGCUCCGCCGCCGCCUGCGCAAGGCCACCGGCAAGGACGUCGGCCUUGUCUUCCCCAAGCCCGCCGCCGCGGCUGCCGACGGCAAGGACGUCGCCGCCGUGCAGGCGCUGCUCGCCGGCCUGCAGCAGCAGCAGCCGGUGCACGCCCACCCGCUGCCCGCCGGCACCUGGAACGCGCUCCAGCACGGCGGGUACGGGCAGGCGGCGUACCCGUGGGUGCUGCAGCAUCAGCAGGCGCCGACGGAGCCGUACUUCGCCUCCUACCCCGCCGCCGCCUACCCGCACGACGGCCUUGGUGGCGCCUACGGCGGCGGCGGCGGCGGAGCGGGGGAGGAAGAAGAUGAAGCCCGUGCCUUCCUCCUCUGUGUCCGUCCCGGCGGCGCCCGUGGAGGUCCUGGAGCUGCGCGUGUCAGAGGUGGGAGACCGCGUGCUGGUGGUGAACGUGACGGCGCGGCGGCAGCAUCAGCUUCUUGGAUGUCUGCAUUUGGUGUUGCAGGAUUGUUCGCAAUCGAAGGGCAGGCGAGGGAGCACUGGUUUCAACAGCCUUUGCAGAGGUUGCUCCAUGAACUCAUGUCCUUCUUGUUGCUGGGAUUCGACCGGUUGUAG